AGCUCUUACCAUAGAACAAAAAAAAAAAAAAACAGAAGAGGGAGAGAGGAGGGACGAAGGAGACGGGUGUUCGAUUUAUAUUAGACUUGGUUCCUAUAGGAUGCUCUGUAAUCACACGCUUUUGUCGGUCGAGAUCGAGGAAAGAUUAUGCACAUUUCACUGCACACACCUUUCACACCAGAUCUGUGUCUCAUUUAGGGUUUUCUAGCCUCUACACACAGAAGAGAAUUGAGUAAUAAAACUGAGAAGCAUCAAGAUCGGUGGUCAUCGAUAGUUUAGCAACCGAAACCAGAUCUCCGCUCGUUAACUCGCACCUCUUAAUGCUACAGGUGCGUUAUGGCAACAAAGUUAAAUUCGGGUGGUAGUGGGACUAGGAGUUCCGUAGCCAUUUUUGUUGUAGUUGGUUUGUGUUGUUUCUUCUACUUACUAGGAGCAUGGCAAAGAAGCGGGUUUGGAAAGGGAGACUUCAUAGCUCUGCAGAUGACAAAGGGUGGAGCAGACUGUAAUAUCCUUCCUGAUUUGAAUUUUGAGACGCAUCAUGGUGGUGAAGCUGGUGUAGUAGAUGAUUCUGACUCAACUACAAAAACGAUUAAGCCUUGCGACCCAAAAUAUACUGAUUACACCCCUUGCCAAGAUCAAAGGCGUGCCAUGACCUUCCCAAGGGAGAACAUGAAUUACCGAGAACGACAUUGUCCUCCAGAGAAUGAGAAGUUACGUUGCCUUAUUCCAGCACCCAAGGGGUAUGUGACCCCGUUUCCAUGGCCAAAGAGUCGUGACUAUGUUCCAUAUGCAAAUGCACCAUAUAAGAGCUUGACAGUUGAGAAGGCUAUUCAGAACUGGAUCCAGUACGAGGGCAAUGUAUUUAGGUUCCCAGGUGGAGGAACACAGUUUCCACAAGGUGCAGAUGCAUAUAUUGAUCAGCUUGCUUCUGUUAUACCAAUAAAAAAUGGGACUGUUAGAACUGCAUUGGACACUGGUUGUGGGGUUGCCAGUUGGGGCGCCUACCUGUGGAAGAGAAAUGUUAUAGCUAUGUCGUUUGCACCAAGAGACUCACACGAAGCACAGGUUCAGUUUGCUCUUGAAAGGGGAGUGCCUGCUGUUAUUGGUGUUCUUGGAACAAUAAAAAUGCCCUAUCCCUCUGCAGCCUUCGACAUGGCUCACUGUUCUCGUUGCUUAAUUCCCUGGGGGGUCAAUGAUGGAAUGUACAUGAUGGAAGUUGAUCGAGUUCUUAGACCGGGUGGCUACUGGGUCCUUUCUGGUCCUCCUAUUAAUUGGAGAAAUUUCUAUAAAGCAUGGCAGCGUCCAAUGAAAGAACUUGAGGAGGAGCAAAGGAAGAUUGAGGGGAUCGCCAAACUUCUCUGUUGGGAGAAGAAGUCUGAGAAGGGUGAGACUGCUAUAUGGCAGAAGAGAGUAAAUGCUGAAUCAUGUCGUCGCUCUGAGGAUGAUUCUCAAGCCACAUUUUGCGAAGCAGCUGAUGCAGAUGAUGUCUGGUACAAGAAAAUGGAGAAAUGCAUUACUCCAUAUCCUAAAGCUAACAGGGACGAAGAUUCUGAAGGUGAAGUGAAGCCAUUUCCAGAAAGGCUUAAUGCAGUCCCUCCCAGAAUUGCUAGUGGAUCUAUUCCUGGAGUCACAGUUGACACAUACAUGGAGGACAAUAAAACAUGUAAGAAGCAUGUAAAAGUUUACAAGAAUACUAUAAAAAUCAUUGACUCAGGAAGGUAUCGCAACAUUAUGGAUAUGAAUGCUGGAUUCGGAGGUUUUGCUGCAGCACUCGAAUCUCCUAAGUUGUGGGUUAUGAACGUCGUUCCCACCAUAGCAAAGAAAAAUACCCUGGGGGUUGUAUUCGAGCGAGGAUUGAUUGGAAUCUAUCAUGACUGGUGUGAAGCUUUCUCCACAUAUCCAAGGACAUAUGAUCUUAUCCAUGCCAAUAGAGUUUUCAGUUUGUACAAGGACAAAUGUAAUUUUGAAGACAUUCUUGUGGAGAUGGAUCGGAUACUGCGACCUGAGGGUGCAGUCAUAAUCCGCGAUGAAGUCGAUGUGAUUGUCAAGGUGAAGAAGAUAGUAACCGGGAUGAGGUGGGUUACCAAAUUGAUGGAUCAUGAAGAUGGCCCCCUUGUCCCUGAGAAGAUACUAAUUGCUGUAAAACAGUAUUGGGUUGUGGGAGACAACAACUCCACAUCCUCUCAGUGAAUGGAGACUAGUAUAUUAGAAGGUGGAACUCCGGCGUGAUGGCGUGACCCGUACAUUUUCUCAAGGCCAUUUUUUGCUGGAAAAUUGUUUUAGUCAUCUGGAGGGGGCUCCACGUUGUAUCUGUGAUCCGCAGUUGAUUUGCGUUCGCCAUACAAAUGAUAAAAGCUGCGGUUGUAUGUUUUAUGCUAGUUGUUUGUUUCUUUUGCCUUUAAUGUUAUGUUUUGACAUGUAUGCACAAUUUUAAUGCCAAAGAUCAUGAAAAAACUGCCCGCUACAAGGGCGUGUUAAUAUUCCCAGAAUUCCAACUGUGAUGGUUCUUGUUCUUCUUUUGCUUAGUUUUGCCCAACA